GUACGCAACAUGAUAAGCUGUGCAGCAGCGCACAAGGUCAAAAGUUGCUCCAGAAUCAUUUCCAGCGUACACACACAGUCGAUAAAAGUGUGGUGAAAACCCCUGGCCUGUGUUUAGAAAUCGGAUUGCACCAGUCACCAUAACGUUGCUUGUCAACACAGCAUUGUUCUGGCAUUAUUUUGUCCUAAUAUUGAUGUUGCACGCUGAAGCAUAGAGCCGUCUAUGCCUGAUGAUUCCAAUGCCAAUGUCAAGUGUGAAUUCUUGGCUGCUGUUCCCUGCACCCUGGCUCCUCUGACCUCCAAUCCGUCUUGUGCGGAUGCUGCACAACCUCCCUGGCCCUAAUUGGACGGAGGCGGUGGGAGAGUGCGUGGGGGAUUGAGGGCAGGAUCAGCUGGAUGGAGGGGAUGUGGAUGGGGAUGGGGAAUGUGCGAUUCUUCUGCGAGGGUUCCUCGAUGUGCCUUUGAUCAUGCUGGAUUAUUUGGCUGCGUAUGCAACCAUCCAGUGGGCAUUUGUUUCGGGAUUUUUUCUUCAUCAUGUGAUUAACCGUUGUUGAAUGAUUUUGUUUUGGGAUUGAUUUUUUGAUUGAUUCGCAACGCGAUUUAUCUUGCCUUAUAUAUUAUUAUUAAAAUGGACGACUUGGACAUCGACAACCAGGACGCCGAUCUCCUCUCGUCCCUGACCACGCCCAGCUCCAGCGACAGCCUGUCGCCGUUCGCCCGUCUGCGCGCCAACACCUGGCCGUUGAACCGUUUCGAGGAUGCCGCCGCCGCCGGCAAACCGGACGACGAGGCGGACGCGGCGGAGUUGGAUGCGCAUCUGCAUCUGCGCAGCAGCGCCGACGGCACGCGCAGCACCGGCAGUGAUAAGGCGCCCGCUCCGGACACUGCCGCGGUGGGCGCCGGGACGCCGCCGGGGGGCGGCGGGGGCGCGGUGAAGAAGACCUCGGCGCGACGUAACGCCUGGGGGAAUAAUUCGUACGCGGACCUGAUCCAGCAGGCCAUCAACAGUUCGCCGGAGAAACGGCUGACACUGGCGCAGAUCUACGAGUGGUUCGUGCAGCAUGUGCCCUACUUCAAGGAUAAAGGGGAUAAUAACAGUUCCGCCGGAUGGAAGAACUCCGUCCGCCACAAUCUGUCGCUGCACAACCGGUUUGUGCGGGUGCAGAACGAGGGCACCGGGAAGAGCUCCUGGUGGAUGAUCAACAUGGACGCCAAGCCGGGGAAGGCGACGCGCCGCCGCGCGGCCAGCAUGGAGACGAAGCAGUACGAGAAGCGGCGCGGCCGCGUCAAGAAGUCGCUGGAGGAGAAGCGCAUGCUGGCCGACGGGGCCUCCUUGGGCGGGUCCAUGGGGUUGAUGCGCAGUCCCUCGUCGCCCAUCAGCGAGAGCACCGAGUGCCUCUACGCGCAACAGGCCCAGGACGCGGGGCAUACCCUGGCCCCCUCCCCCAUGCACACCCUCCAUGCCUUACCCGAAGGGUUCCGUUCGCGUACCGGCUCGAACGCCAGCAGUUUCGGGCGCAUCUCGCCCUUCGACGAGCACAACAACCACACGCCAACCUACUCCCCGCACCCGUGGCUGGCCGAUUAUGAACAUCCCCGGCUGCCGACGGAUCCGAAAUCCGGGGAGCUGGCGGAACUGGACAAUCUGGCCAACUCGCUGCGUCUGCAGGACCAGAGCUACGGCGGCUCCCCGCAGCUCUCCCGCUCGGCCUCCGGGUCCGGCGCGGCGCUGACCUCGCGCGGGUUAAACACCUACUAUUCCUCGUGGAACAGCAAUAACAUGCCGGAGGGGAAACCCAAUGGGGCGGACGGGAAGCAGCCCGUCAACGCCAACGGAUAUGCCAUGUCGGCCAUCCAUACCGGGAUCUUCUCAGGCGGGACCUUUGUCAGCCUGCAGGACGCCCCGCCGGCCGCCCCACCCAUGCCGGCCCCGCCGCUGUCCCGCAGCAUCCGUCCCCUGCUGAUGCCGCCACCCCCACCGGGCCCCCCGGGCGGGGCUCCCCGCGCCCUCCCCCACAACCUGGCCGCCGUCCUCCCGGCCGACCUGGACACCGUCAUGGACACCACCGGGCCGGCCGUCGGCUUCGACGUGGACGUGGAGGAGGUGCUGAAACAGACGCUGAACAUGGAAGGCAAUCUGGACUUCAGCUACGACCAGCUGGGCUCGUACUUCAACGGCACCGGCCCGGAUAACAAGAACGUCCCGCUGCGCUACGGCAACCAGAAUAUGUGGUCGUCAUCCUAGGGCGGACGACAGCCUUGACGGAAUUUUGUACAUGUAACUGCCAAAUUAAUUCCCCAUUUUUGAAUUAUCGCUGUAGUUAAUUUCGAAAUUAAAUUGCCAUUAAUUCGGAAUUAAAUUUCAUAGCGGUAAUUACUGGCGGAAUUAUUUGCGAAGAUGUAAUUUGAGUUUCUGCGUUAAUUAUUACUGUACGAUUGUUGGUUGUUUUGUUGUUUCUAAAACAAUUAUUAGAGUCUCAGUGGAAUUUUCGGGGAAAAUAUUUUCUAUAAUUAUAUUUUUCGGUGGGUGUUCACGAUGUAUUUAUACGUGGCGUUGUUACCUUUUGUUUCUCUUGUGAGAUUAGCAUGACGGCGUGGGGCGGUUGCGCUAGUAUUCUGUAUAGUUUUGUCUUCGUUUAUCACACACACACAAUUUUGGCUAGUAUUUUUUUUCUCCGUUCAGUUUUAAGUUUUUAUCCGGAUUAUUUAAAUUGAGUUUGCAGGUUUCUUUUGUGGGAGCGGGAUUGUUGCGGACUGUUUGUAAUUAGAUGCUGGUAAUUGACACAUGUUGUGUGUUUUUGGAGAUUUCAUUAAAUUCUUGCAGCUGAC